CACAGACACACACACACACACACACACACACACAGACAGAGCUCCCUAUAAAACCCGGUCACCCCACAGACACCCGCGAGAACAGAAGUCCAGAAGUCCCCUAUCUAACAAUGGACACCUCCAGCAGUGUUUCAGAGGCCAAUAAGCCUUUUACGUUCCGCUCGGCGAAGGAGAUGUUCAAGAAAAUGGAGGAAUCGUUCCAGAUAUGUGCUCAGUGUGAGAGACUCCCGUCUCAGGCCACAGGCUCGCUGAAGAGAUGCACACGCUGUCUGAAUGUGUAUUACUGCGGUAAAGAGUGUCAGAAGAAAGACUGGCCUCAACAUAAACUGUACUGCAACAAACUACGUGCGGCGGCGGUGGACAGACACGUCGAGUGGCUCGUUUAUAAAGGAGAUCUCCCUUUCCCUACGGAGGCGUGGUCUCGUCCCGCAAACAAAAUCAGCUGUUGGAAAGACUGGUUGUCCAUGCAGGGAGAUCUGACGCCCCGUCUGGACCCGAUCCUGUCCGGACAAAACAUGACGGACCUCUGGACCAACGCCUGCAGGCCGCGGCCGGAGGAGGCGGAGCUCCGCGAGUCCGUGUGGCGAGUGUGCAGCGAGUUUCUCUCCCGUCCUCUGACGCUCGGCGUGGGAGUGAGGAUGUUUCACUUAGAUCCGUACUCUCGGCCCCUCACCAUUCACGUGGCGGGGGCCGGUCACAACGAGACCCUGGGAGCCAGAACCACGGACAUGGACGAGCUCGGACGCAUGUUCCCGGGCCACCAGGGGCUGGAGGUGGUGAUGGUGGGGCCCGAGGUGGUCCAGGGGCCCGUCACGAGGCCCCCGCUGAGGGCGUUCGGACCCCGGGGGAAGGUUUACAUCAGCGCUUACAAGGGCCUCUAUCACCAGUUCUGGGAGGAAGUUGUGGAGAAAGGAGAAGCGGCUAAACCGGAUCUAGUGGUCGGGUUUCAUCCAGGGUUUGAGGGACAGGAAGUGAAUCAGGAUUGGUUACCGACGCUCCUGCUGCUACGAGAUUACAAAAUCCCAACAUUGUUCACAAUGAUCAAUAAUGAAGAGCUGCAGAGAACUCUUCAUAUGUUUAUGGAGUUGGAGAUGGAUGUUAAGGACACCGGCUCAAACCCCUUCAGCUCUUUGAAACCUGAACAACUGCCAAAAAGCCCCAACAAAGCGCCCGUUUACGCCAACGCUCACUAUGUUUCUUUCCAUGGACUGCUGGAGGUGAAAGAGGAGGAAGAACAGAACUAGCACCGGACAUGCGAACUCACCUUUAUCCUCAGUAAAGAUGGUGGCUGCAGAAGAAGUUUAUGUGAUGAACGAGUUUUUAUAAGUAGGCAAAUGUUCUGAUUCAUUUUUCAAUGCAGAUAGGAAUGCGAUGUGUAGAUAUGGGAUCAGUCAAUUUAAUUGAUUAAAAUAGGCCUAUAAUAUUGUCCAGCAGCCUGUGUUUGCAGUGGUUUCUGCAUCUUCAUUUAUUUUUUACCCGAUUCGCUGUGCCUGAAGUCCGAUAUCGUUUAUGCAAAUAGCUACUGAUAAAUCAGCUUGUCGUUUUAAGAUAAACCAAAUAUUAUAGAUAUAUAAUCGUAUUGUUAAAAAGGGACUUUGCAUAAACUCAUCUUAGCAUGCAAUAAUAAAAUUCAGUUUUCAUCUGUCA